AUGGCUCGCUACGUUUGCAUUCUCCAUGCUGCCUUUGCCCUGGCCGUGAUGCCCUGGGCACAGAGUGCCCGUGUGGAUCAUGGCGCGGGCCGCGCAGGUCGUGCCGGCCGGAGGCCGCCCUUUGUUUGGAAGAGCACCUCGGCCACGCAGCUCCAGCAAGUUUUGCUGCAGAAGUUGAUGGCCGAGGACGUGCCAGAGAUGCAGGGCCCGAAGCUCGAAGUUUCAUUGAAGGAGUUAGUCGCAAGAGUCCGUGGGGUCUGGGCAGAGGGAGGCACCUCCGGCUGCUUCCAACAGCUCGGGAGCAUGAUCGCCAACUUGACAGUUGCGUGCCUUGAGCAAAAGCCCCAAGACAAGGAGCUUUUUGUCUUCCGAUACUACAAGCCGCCCUUGCCAACGAAGACCUGCAAGGAGAGCGUCGACGACAUCUUUGUCCACGGCAGAGCCUUGGCAGCGGCCAUGCAAACUUCGAAGGAGGAUCUGGCCUCCCUGAACGUGGACAGAAGCACGGUGUCAAUGGUCCAUUCGCUGUACUUCCUGCAGGCAUGGUUGACUCCGCUUGCCUAUACGACGAGCAACGCCUUGCUCUGGGCUGGCUUUUGGGAUGCAGACCCUAGCAAUCGCACCACCUCAGAGACAUUGCGCGACUUCGCCACUGCCACAGACCACGCAACAGUCCAUCCGGACAGCUGGCUGGGGCAGGUCAUUGACAGAAGCAAUGACCUUUCGGAUUGUUACACCGAGGAGAUGAGCCAGCUGAUGGCAAACAUGUGGACCGUGGUCAGUGUGAGCUUCGUGCUCGGCAUGAUGGAAAGGGGACAGGGCACCGUCGUCGCGCUUGUGAACAAGGGCAUGGAAGGCGAGCGGUUGCUUGAAAAGGCCGUCCUGUACGAGCACGAGAUCCCGACGCUGGGACUGGCUGCCUAUGGACUGGGGUAUUGGUCCCCACAGGUACUCCUCAUCGAUUUGAAGGGUACCUGCUCACAGACCAGCCCAGCACUCCAGCAGCAGCUUUCCUCUCGCUUGGGCCCUUGGGCGAAGUCCAAGCAAAAGCGGCAUUGGCGUCUGGAGGACUUCGUGCAGCGAUCGCGACUGCGCUGGCGAUGCCUCGACUGUGUCAACCCUGCAUGCAAUUUGGACAACAGCCUAGCCAAGGAGGUGAAACAGCUGGUACGGAAGAAGCAGCUGAAGGACGAGAAUGGCCAGUGGCUCCUGCGGAUCUUAAAGAAGAGUAAGAACGGAGUGAUGGACGAGGCUUCGCGGCAGGCACAGGAGCUCGAAGGAAAGAGCCAGCUGGCGCUGCUGUUGGCAAAGAGCCUUUUUAGAAAGGGUCGCUCCAAAGAAGCUGGCGCAGUGCAGGCGCUAUGGGCAGAAUGGCAACUGCGAUGGCUUGAUGUCUUCACCCAGGCCGCCCUCCAUCUUCACCCGGGUCAGGGAGCUUUGGUGACUCCCAAAGAGUUGCUCCAAGGGAAGGCCGAUGCCAAUGCGGCAGAUCGCACCGGUCGCACGUGCCUGCACGAGGCCGUCUACAAGACUGACUUCGAAGUAUCGGCUCUGCUCCUGGAACACGGAGCAGCGGUCAAUGCCCGCACUGAGGUUGGUGACACGCCGCUACACCUAGCCAGUAACGCGGGCGUGGCAGCGCUGCUCCUCGAGCACAAGGCAGAGGUGAAUUCCCACGGUGCCUUGGGAAUGACGCCGCUCCACCUGGCUGCAAAGGUUGGGGGCAGCUAUGGGACGGAGGUGGCGGGGCUACUCCUCGAGCACAAGGCGGAUGUUAAUGCCCGCAUGUCACACGGUCUCACACCGCUCCACAAGGCUGCGAUGCUUGGUUUGGUGGAGGUGGUAGCGCUGCUCCUGGAAGAAAAUGCAGACGUGAAUGCCCGAAGCCAAAACGGCAAGACGCCCCUCGCUGAGGCUGAGAUUGGUGGGUCAGUAAGAGACCUGCUGCUGCGGCAUGGCGCAACGGAGUGA